UGGAGAGAGCGGUGCAGGGAAAACAGAGAGUACAAAGCUAUUGUUGCAGCACAUAAUGAACCUGUGCAAAGGCAACUCCCAGCUUGAGCAGCAGAUCCUUCAGGUAAAUCCGUUGCUUGAAGCUUUUGGCAAUGCCCAGACUGUGAUGAAUGACAACAGCAGCCGCUUUGGAAAAUACAUACAGCUGCGUUUCCAGAAAAAUACAGUGCGAGGUGCAAAGCUGAGUGAGUACCUGUUAGAGAAGUCACGGGUAGUGCAACAAGAUACUGGGGAGAGGAAUUUCCAUAUCUUCUACUACAUGUUUGCUGGACUCUCCUCGGAGGAAAGGGAGAUGUAUGGGCUAUUGGAUCCUUCACUCUACAGGUACAUAAGUGGACGAUUUGGUACACAGGAUGUAGCUCAGCACUGGAAGCACAAAUACCAAGAGGUGUGCAAUGCCCUUGACAUGGUGGGCUUCCAAGAACAGGAGCAAGUGGACAUGCAGGCUAUCUUGGCUGGUGUGUUGUCUUUGGGCAAUGUGACCUUUGAGCCUGAGGAGAGGAAUGGGUCUGUAAAAGUGAGUGAAGCUUCCCUGGGAUGGCUGAAGGCUGCAGCGGGUCAGUUUGGAGUCCAGGAAGAUGAACUGCUAAAAUGCCUUAUUUGUACUAUGUCAGUGACCCGAGGCGAGCAGAUUCAGCGUUUUCACACCCAGCAGCAAGCAGAAGAUGCUCGGGACUCCAUUGCAAAGGUGGCAUAUGGCCGAGUAUUUGGCUGGAUUGUUUGCAAGAUCAAUGAGCUCCUGGCUGAGAAUGUGGAUCCUGAGGUGGAGCUGAAGGAGAUAGGUAUCUUGGAUAUUUUUGGAUUUGAAAACUUUGCAGUGAAUAGUUUCGAACAGCUUUGCAUAAACUUGGCCAAUGAGCAGCUGCAGCACUUCUUCAAUCAUCUGGAGCAGGCUGCCUAUAAGGAAGAAGAGCUGCCUUGGGAGACUAUCACAUUCAACAAUAAUGAACCUAUUCUGAAUCUGCUCCUGGCCAAGCCACUUGGGCUCCUGUCUCUUCUGGAUGAGCAGAGUGCAUUCCCUCAGGCAACUGAUAAGACAUUUGUGGAUAAACUGAACAGCAGCUUCAAGGGGAAUUCACACUUCCAGCCAGGCCGAGGCCAUGUUUUGGCCUUCAGCAUCAUUCACUAUGCUGGGAAAGUACAAUAUACUGCUGAGGGCUUUCUAGAGAAGAACAGAGACACCUUGCCAGCCAAUGUCUGCGGUCUCUUCAUCAACAGCGUCACCCCCUUGCUCAGUGUGCUGUUCACAGGUCUUUCCUUGUAUUUCUGUGUGGUGAAACCUAUCACCCUGUCUGUGAUUCAGUCUCGAGAAGACUUGUUUGAAGUCAUACCAGGAUCAGACAACAAGUUCAACAGCACAAGAAAACAGUCUGCCGGAGCUCAGUUCCGGCAUUCCCUGAUGGUGCUUAUGGAGAAGAUGUAUUCUGCCAACCCGCACUUUGUGCGCUGUAUAAAGCCCAACAGCCAGAAGGAGCCAGGUGUGGUGGACAGCCAGGUGAUGCUGCAGCAGUCCACUCCUUUUGAUAACUUCUUGGACCCUUCUGUGCCUCACCCUGUUCUGGGGACGGAGGAACAGGCUGGAGAAGAGGCAAAAAUGAGGAAACUCAAGAGAGGAGCAACUCUCCGCUGGUUCAAGGAGACAGAGGCCCAGAAGGUCAUGCAGGAUGAUGGGGUCUUUCCAAGCUGGCUGCAUGGGAUGAUCAGCCGAAGGGAAGCUGAGAACUUGCUGACUGACAAGCCUUUGGGUUGCUUCCUUGUUCGGAUCAGCCAGAGCAGACCGGGCUACACCUUGACUUACAGGGGCGAAGGCCGCUGCAGACACUACAUGAUCCAGAUGCAGCCCAAUGCACGCUAUGUCAUCCUGGGGGAAGACCGGGCUCACACCUCGCUCACUGAACUGGUUCGGUAUCAUCAGACUGUGGGCAUCCGGCCCUUCAUGGAGAUACUAACUGUUCCCUGUGGGCAG